GAAUAAGGACUGAGCCAGAAGCACAGAGGAGACAGAGCACUGUGUGUGUCUGUGUGUGUGCGCAUGUAUGCAUGUGUGAGAACACUGCGCAUGUGUGACUGAGCGGACUGUGCAGGAGAAAGAGCAGUAAUGAACGCCAGCUGAGGGAUGACAGCAGGGGAGAGGGAGAGAAGGAGAAGACAGAGGCUCACCUGAAGAGGAGAAGAAGGAGGCAGUGAAAAGAAAGGAGGACAUACUGGGGCGACAUUUGAGACAUAGAAGAAGCUUGGGUCUCUGCACAGAAUAAGAUAAAUGAUGUGUGAGUAGAAGCAGACAAACUGGGAUGGAGAAAAGGACACGGGAAGAAAGAUUUCAGCUCCAACUCGAAGGAAAAAGACUGGAAGAGUGAAGGAGAACGAGACCAGAGAGCCGAUGAUGCUGAGCUUGAUGAAAGCAGACUGAUGUGUCCACCUUGCAACAGCUUCCUCCAUCUUAACAUUUCCUCCAUGUUGUUGAUGCUCUGAGAACAGAGACGGACAGGAGAGAGGAAGACAGCAUCCUCACCCAGGCAACAAAGAAGGCAAAGCAGUUUGUCAUCCAACACAAGCAGCUCGUUGAGGCAGCAAACGACUGGACUAUGACAACCACGUAAAGCGGACAGAAGUUUCAUCAUGUCGAUCUGGGUCGACGGCAUUAUGUUCACACGCUGAUGUAAAACUGAAGACAGACCAAUCACGCCCACCGAGCCACAGCUACUUAUCGGCAGAGAUGAAAAACCUAUCAGACGGAAACGAUGACUUGAGAUAAAUGGACCAAAGGAAUCUGUCACACUGAAAAAGGAAACACCAUAGAGGCAUCUGUAAAACUGCUAUUUUCCCUUCUGCAUAGUUAUGAUGACUGUCUGAGAGUUUAAAUACAAAGAAGUUCGUCAAUCCCACCUGUGAAAAAUUCAAAGCGCUGUUCCAACACAUCUCUGGAGCAUUAUACAAAAAAGACCUCCUCCCUACUGCUAUCAAGAAACUAAGAAAAGGGGUAAAACAAGCUCUUCUGAUCAAACUGGAGCAACAGCAGAGACAGACAGAAGGGCCUUUUUUCUUUCUUUUUUUCUUUUUAUCUUUCUUACAUACUCAAGUCAACAUCUGACAUAGCCAAAACACACAAAGUUCAAUAGUUGUUUAAGUGAGAAAAAAUGUGUUUCGUUUUGCAAGUCACAGGAUAAAUUGCUAAUACUUUUUGACUUUUAUGAACUGCCUGUAGUCAACAUACUGAGUGAAUUUAAAAAUUCUUAACCUGUGUUGUGUAUGUAUGUGUAUUGACCAUCUGGGUGCAGUGAUUGAAAACAUAUCUUAGUGCUGAAGUAUUUACAAUUCCUGUGUACUUUGUAGAUAUCAGAGGGAACACAGGAACACCAACCUAAGUACUGUUAAAUCACAAAAAUCUGACUGCAUAUAGUCAAUAUUUAUCAAGUUCUGUGAACUAGACUGUUAAAUAAUAUACAAUAAUUAUAAGUUUAUUUAUAUUAUAAUAGGUUUGCUGUUACAGAGUUUGAGGUACAUGUAGUGUUGGCUGAGUUCUUUCAUUCAUUGACACUCAGACUGACAGAAGCACCUUGAAGGGGAGAUCGUUGAAGGGAACAUGGAGGCAUCCAUCCGUCCCCAUGUCCCGUCUAAUGGCUGACUUCAACGGAGGAUAUUAAUCUUCUUCCCCUUGUGCAAGAGCAAGGAGUGUCCAGCGCUGAUUAGAGCUACAGCCCAUCUAUCUCAGAACUCCAAAGCCUUGCGAAUGUCCUGCCUCAGGCGUCAGCCGCUGGCCAUCCCCAUGGACACAGUCAAGAUCAUCCAAUCGGAGAAGUUUCCCAGAGAGUGCCCUGUUCCAGUCACCCAACCUCGGUAUGCCCCAGCUCCAAGAGUGGCGUGGGAUGGUGGUGGUGAGGGUGAAAUUAUUGUCAACCAGGCCUGCAGUGACCUGACACUGGACAUAGCACCAUCUCCCAGGCCAAUGGUGUCUCCUCCGGCCCCACUGAUGCGCAGGGAACACAGCUUCCUGGCGCAGCGCAAAACCAGUGCCAAUGAAAUCUGCUACCACCAGUUCCACUACAAGAUGGAAGAUGUCAUAGUCAACCAGUACGUGCUCCGUUCCUCCUCCACUUCUUCCUCCACUUCCUCGUCCUCAUCUUCAGGCCCCGUCAUGCCGUGCGAGCCCCUGGAAUGCCCCACCUGUGGUCACACAUACAACUUUGCGGGGAAGCGUCCGCGGAUCCUCUCCUGCCUGCAUUCGGUGUGUGAGGAGUGCCUGCAAAUCCUCUACGAAUCAUGUCCCAAGUACAAGUUCAUCUCUUGCCCCACAUGUCGGCGCGAAACGGUGCUGUUCACUGACUAUGGCCUCGCUGCUCUGGCCAUCAACACCAGCAUUCUGAGCCGCUUGCCCUCCGACCCCAAUGGGCCCGUGCAGUGGGGCGGGGAGGCCGACCGCAGCUGCUACCAGACUGUGCGUCAAUACUGCCAGUCAGCCUGCACCUGCCAGAUUGCCAACCCGUUGUCCUCCUGUGGCAUCAUGUAGACAAGAGGGAGGAGGUGAGGACACUGCAGAUAAGACUUGAUGCUGCUCCCCACCAACACCACUCUUUUCAUCUAUAAGCUAAACCCUUUCUGCCAAGCCCCCCUCUCUCACAUGUACAGUAAAUAAAUCCCUUCAUAGAUGUUAUCUCUCUAUAUUUAAUAACACAGAUGGAUACUGUGUGGGACUUAUGGAUGCUGGUGAUCCAGUACGAAGUAAAUAAAUGUAUUUUAUGUAUGGACUGGAAAAAUAUUCACUGUCUCUCAUUUGGUUGGAUGUGUUUGUCAUGACAUCUCUUUACAUGGGAAUGCCAGGGGAGGUAUGUCCCCCCAACCUAGGAGAAUAAAAAUUAAAUAAAUGAAAAGAAUAUC